CUUUCUUUUCAGAGCGAGGGGGAGGAAGCAGGGAAAGGUUUCUGCUUCCGAGGGGGAGGAAGGAAGCGAGGGUUGAGUGGUUGACCCCCAACAACCCUCCCUCCUUUCCUCUUAGCUCUUAUUGCCUCCACUCCACCAAACAAACGAGGCAAGAAGAGGCCGGAGAUUUGAGAAAGGAGGAGCAGUGAUGAUGGAGAGCCAGCCCCUGCAGGACCCGACGGCCACGGCUCCGGCCUCAGGAGUAGAACCAGCCGGAGCUGGAGCUGGAGCUGGAGCCGGAGCCGGAGCUCCGCCCGCCGUCGUUCCCGGCAAGGAGUUCACCCGCACCUGCAAGGGCCUCGUUGUCGUGCUCAUCGGCGGAUACGUCCUGCUCCAGCUCCUCCCUUCCUCCCUCAACUACCUCGCCAUCAUCCCCUCAAAGACAAUCCCAUAUGUAUGGACCGUCUUCACGGCUGGUUACAUCGAGCAAGUCCUUCCAGGGGCUAUAGGCAGUUCUCUUGGUCUUCUCUUCUGCGGGAAGGACAUUGAACCAGCAUGGGGCCGCAAGGAGUUCUUGAAGUUCAUUAUUUUGGUCAACUCCAUAUGCGGCGUCCUCGCGUUCUGCUUUGCUAUUGCACUGUACUAUGUCACUGGAAAGGAGAGCUUCCUUGUCACACCACUUUCUGGCUUCCAUGGUUGCCUUGCUGGUUUUCUUGUGGCCCUGAAGCAACUCUUACCAAACCUUGAGCUCCCCAUGUGCUUUUUCUGGAAAAUAAAGGCAAAGUGGAUGCCAUUCUUUGUUGUAUGUUUCUCAACUAUCAUGGCCUUCAUUGUGCCCGAUUCCAUCAACUUCCUGCCAACUUUGGUGUCCGGGAUGUAUGUUAGCUGGCUUUACCUGAGAUACUUCCAAAGGAACCCACUGACAGGACUUAAGGGUGAUCCAAGCGAUGACUUCUCCUUCCCCAGUUUGUUCCCAGAUGCCAUGCGACCAGUCACAGACCCUGUCGCCAACCUAUUUGGUCGGAUGCUGUGUGCAAGGUCUAGGCCUUCUGAACUGGCCCUCCCUGUUUCAGAUCCCACCAAAGCAUCAAGAAGAAGGGAGCGUGGCCAGAGGGUUCUUGAGGAAAGGUUGGCUGCUGAUCAUGCGGAUGACACAGAAGCCCCAGCUCACGGCCAUGGCACCGCAGAAGAUUGAGAACGUUCUCCUGCUCAACACCUUUAUAGGAGUCACGGCUUCCCUCCACCGUCAUAACUCUGCAGAUCUGUGUUCUGGAGAGUGCAUUCAGUUUACAGCGAACCAAUAAUAUGUUGUCUUACUCUUUUUUUCUCCUUUUUGUUUCUUCGGUUGCAAAGAUUUAUUGGUUAAAUUCUGUUCUAGUCCGAUUACUAUUAUAGUGAAAGAAGAAAAGGGUGACAUUCCCAGCCAGAUGUAAUGUAGAAAGUAGAAUGGCUUGUCUGGAUCAUUGUGAGAUGAUUUUUUCUGGUGAACGUGAUGAGUCGAUAAUAGGGUUCACAGAUGAAAAUGGUGCCCAUCUUUGCCUUGAA